CUUCGAGAAGACAACAUGCAGUCAUUCAGCCAUCUCAUCUAUCGCCACAAGAAGUUCGAUGUGGGCCGAAGCGUUGAUAAGGUUGCGUUGCUCAUAAAGGAGGAGCUCAUAUCCCGGAGCAGCACUCCCUGCAGCAUCUCCAGCAGCUCAGGCAUUCGUAGAGCCUCAGAAGAGAUGUCCUCCAGCUUGUGCUUCAGCGACCAGGACACCCAGUUUUCGCCUGUGCCCAAGCGUCGGCGCCUGGCCUCAUCCUCCGCAUCCGUAUCCUCGGACAUCUCUCUGCCAUCGCCCAGCCCGAUCAACGUCAACGCCAUCAGAGACAUCUGCAAGUACCACGUCAACAUGGUGAGAAAGUUUCCCAAGAAGGAACGCACACCGAAGGAACAGGAGCGCCGGGACAAGAACACCAUGGCCUGCCGCUUGAGCCGGCGGAAGAAGAAGAUCGACGACUUGGAGAUCCAGGAGGAGUACGAUCAGUUUCUCAAGACCCACCACGAAAUGGCCGAGCAGAGCCUGCGUACCAAGGUCUAUCUGGAUCAGCUGAAGCUACUCGUCGAGCGGGUAAAUCAAUGCCAGCAGCCCUCGCCCAAGGUAGUCAGGGUGGGAAACACAAGGAGAAACUUUUCCAUUGACUACCUAAUCGGAGCCAUUAGCCAGGAGCAGGUGUAGGCUUCAGGAACGUUAAUCAAAGCUCUCUUGUAAAUUAUAACCACCAAUAAUUUAUUUAAGUUUAUGUUGUUAAAUUUGUUUAAGAAUCAAAGGCCAUCUUUAGAAGCUAAAUAAUAUAAUUAGAUUAUGAAUGCCAAA